AGAAAGUGAAACAACCGCAAUCUGAUUGGUCUGCACAAGAAGAAAAAAAAAAUCACCCGCGCGAGCUGUCUAGCAACCGUCAAGAAAAAGGGAGCGCAAGUAAACAGUGCAAACUCGAGAAGUGAGGGGAGUACAUUUUUGAUGAGUGAUAAAAGUCCGCAAGGUGAUUGAUUGUGUUGUAGACUUGCCUUGGAAAUGGACAGUGACAAUGCCGACGACGUGCAGGCAGGGCUGGACUCUGUGGAGGCUGAGCUGGAGGUGGUGAAGUUGCAGAUAGCUGAGCUGCUGGAGAAGCAGGCUAGCCUGACCUCCAAGAGGAAAAAGCUGCUCCGCAGGCUGGAAGAGCCAUGUGACUCCACCCAGCCCUCUGGAUCUGGACCUGCAAUGACCAAGCAGGAGCUGCUGCGCUAUGAGAAUGAUGAUUUCUCGUGGUCAACAGAGCUGGAGCAGAAUCUGAAGGAUGUCUUCCAGCUCUCUAAGUUCCGUCCUCUCCAGCUGACGGCCAUCAACCUUAGUAUGUCUGGUAAAGACCUCUUUCUAGUGAUGCCCACUGGACGAGGGAAAAGCCUCUGCUAUCAGCUACCUGCAGUCUGCUCUGAGGGUUUCACUCUGGUAGUAACUCCUCUCGUCUCUCUGAUGGAGGAUCAGCUCAUGUACUUGAAGUCCAUCGACGUUGAAGCCGUCUCUCUCAACGCGUCCAGCAGUAAGGAACACGCUAAAAUGGUCCUGGCGGAGAUGACGGACUCCAAAGCGCCUUUCAAGCUGCUGUAUGUGACUCCGGAGAAGAUAGCGAAGAGCAAGCUGCUGAUGUCGAGGCUGGAGAAGGCCUACAACGCAGGAAGGCUUAGCCGUAUUGCUGUGGACGAGGUGCACUGCUGCAGCCAGUGGGGACACGACUUCAGACCUGACUACAAGCUCCUGGGGAUCCUGAAGAGGCAAUUCCCAAAGGUUCCGUUGCUAGGGCUGACGGCCACGGCAACCGGCAGUGUUCUAAAGGACUGUCAGAAGAUCCUGUGUGUCCCUGAGCCAAUCACACUCACCGCCUCCUUCAACCGCACCAACCUCUACUACGAGGUUCGCCUUAAAGACUCGAACAGUGAUGAUUCAGUCAGUGACAUCUCCGCACUGAUCAAGGAGAGAUAUAAGGACCAGUCAGGGAUAGUGUACGUGUUUUCCCAGAAGGACGCGGAGACGGUGUCAGCAGACCUACAGAAGAAAGGCGUCAAUGCAUCUCCAUACCACGCUAACAUGAAUCCAGAGGACAAGUCACAGGUUCAUCGCAAAUGGGCCACCGACAAGAUCCAGGUGGUGGUAGCUACUGUGGCGUUCGGGAUGGGGAUCGACAAGGCUGACGUCAGAUUUGUCAUCCAUCACACCAUCAGCAAGUCCAUAGAGAACUACUAUCAGGAGAGCGGACGAGCAGGCAGAGACGAUAAGCCGGCUGACUGCAUUGUGUACUUUGGCUUCAACGACAUCUUCAGGAUCAGCACCAUGGUUGUCAUGGAGAACGUAGGACAACAGAAGCUGCUGACCAUGGUCGACUACUGUCAGAAUGUGGACAGGUGUCGGCGCUCAGUGAUCGCUGUUCACUUUGAUGAGGUUUGGGACGAUGAAGGAUGCAACGAGAUGUGUGACGUCUGUCGCCAUGGCAAUGACUACAUCACGGUGGACAUCACGCAGCAUGCUAAAGAUGUGGUCCAGAUUGUGGAGCUGGCGGGCUCUCUGGAUGAGAAACUGACCCCCCUGAAGGUGACCGAGGCGUGGAUGGGGAAGGGUCCGGCCAAACGCAGGAAGAUGAUCCAGACCACCACCCUGUCUCGCCUGGAGGUGGAGGCCAUCAUCACAAGCCUACUGCUGCAGGGCUACCUCAGUGAAGACUUCAGUUUCACUCCAUACACCACCUACUUCUACCUGAAGCUGGGUGGUAAGGCACCACUGCUGAAGAACCAGAGUCACUCCAUCACCAUGAAGAUGAGGAGGACAGGCCUGGAUGCCAACACGGAGGACCAAUUAGCUGCUGGAGUUAAAGAGGUGGUGGUGACCUCCCAGUCUCCUCCUCCCGUUGACCCCGACAGCAGCACUCCCCCUCCCAGACACAACAAACUGAUCAAGAUGGAUAAAGAGCAGCAGAAUCUGGCCAGGAAACAAGACAAGGACCAUGAACAGACAGAAAGUCAGACAGGGUACGACCAGAAUGACCCUGCUGCUGCCCAGCCCACUGCAAUUGAAGUAGACGUAGAGAUCAAUAUUAUAGAGAAUGUUAAUGACAGCGAAUCCCCACUACCACCAUUAAAACUAAAUUCAAAACCUAAAUCAACAACCCCUCAAAAGAAGCGAAGGAAACCCUGUACUGCUGCGGUCCCAGCUCCUUCAGAAGGUGCAGUUACAGACUCUGAUCACCGGAGGCCAGCAUUGGUCAACUCUCCCUCCCAGGUCUCCAUCAUCUCUGAGGCUGCAGUGGAGGAGCUCUGUGACCUGAGGAACUACUACAGCAAACAGCUGAGGCGGAUAAACUACAUUUCCCAUGAGUACUUGCAGAAUCAGGGGUGCUCAGACCCAGGGGUGCUGGCCUGUAUCAGAGAGCCACUAAAGAGCCUGCGCCUCCCCCGUGGCUCAACCAUCGCCCGGACGGCACGCAACCUGUGGACCAGAGUCAGCUCCAGAAGGAAACUCAUCCAAAGAUGAACCUUGACCUUACAUGGGACAGUUAACAUUCAGAUGUGGACAAUACUGUAUCUCUCUUUCACGUCUCACGUUGCCAGACCUAGAGCCCUGGGGCAGACAAAUCUACUUUUUUUCUGUGCCACUUAAUGUUCUAUUUUUCUGGAUUGGCUUUGACAGAGAAUAUCCCCAUCCAAGUUAGUUUGUAAUAUUUUACAGUUGGAUUAAUACCACUGUUAGCCUAAAAUGAAGAGCUGUUUUUUGACAUUUCAAUAUUUUACUUUGGAUAAACUAACUCCCAUGAACUGAAAGGUUUGUUGAACUGAAGAAUGUUUUCACAAUGUCACUUUUUUUAUAUUCUAACAUUCCCUAAUCUAACAGCCACAAUGUGCACGCUAGUGAAUUUGAUUCACUCUAAUACGGUUUAUAAUACUGCACUGCAGCUUUGGAAUAAGAAGGUCCAUUCACAUUUGAGGAACACAGUAUAUCUUUAGCCAUCAUUAAUAAAAAUCUGAUUUUAAAAUGUAAAA